AUGUCCGAAGAACCUACUGUCGUUGAUGCUCUUCUCCAUGAAGCCUCUCCGGCUCCGGUUGUCUCCAAGCAAUCUGUCUCUCUCGAUACCGCCGGUGCGUCCAAAUCAAGGAAAACAAAGACCAAGUCCACUGUUAGUGUUUCUCAGUCCAAGCCAGUCACUUUGCGCACUGGACCACGACGUCUCCGUCCUAUGCUACCGAAGAAGAAGUUCAUCGAUCUGACGCCUCAUCUGCUUGACAGUGAAGGAUCUGAUGCAUCUCCACCUCAGUCUCUCACAAAGCAUGUAACCGGUGAUGUUCGCAUGAACAAUGCUCCUGUCUUUGCAUCUGGUGUCACUGACGAUGGUCCGCCUGCCUUCUUGCUCCAUUAUGCCGAGAAUCGUCGUCUGGUGUUGGAAAAAGACAAGAAGUACCCUGAAAUCAAGAAGUCUAAUCGCACAUCUGCUCCUCCACUGACAUUCCAACUGGACAAGAAGAGCUCGUCUCUCUAUGGAAUUCCUAUUCCUGUCAAGACAGAGUCUCUCGAGGAUGAUCUCCAGCAGCUGUCUCGCCUUCUCAACAACAAGCAAGUGGAAGCAGUUUGUAGCAGAGUUGGUCAGGAUUUCAGGAGCAGAUGUGAUUAUCUGACAAGAAGCAUGAUGGAGAAGGUAAAAGUCUUCUACAAGGAUCAUGCAACUGUUCAGCGGACAAUAGGGGGGUGUCCUGGUACUGCAGCUGAAGUUUUGCUUACAGAGUAUAACUUUUGUAAAGGUAGUUCUUUUUGCAGAAAAAAUAAGCAGAGAACUCAAAGAGUGUUUACUUUGGUGAGUGAACAAAAGGGAAAUUAG